UGUCCACCAUACCAAUUAAGGCCAAGAUAUAUACAAAUCUAAACAAGUGAGAGAUAAACAAAUAGUGCGCAUACUUGGGAAGGCCCCGACAAUCGCUGCAGCAGCUUACUUGAGGAUGGCUGGAAGGUCACCUGUUCUUCCAUCCAGCAACCUCUCAUACACUGAGAACUUCUUGUACAUGCUUGAUUCAUUGGGUAAUAGGUCUUAUAAACCCAAUCCUCGUCUUGCUCGAGCUCUGGACAUUCUCUUCAUAUUACAUGCAGAACAUGAAAUGAACUGCUCUACUGCAGCAGCACGCCACCUUGCUUCAAGUGGUGUUGAUGUAUAUACAGCCCUUGCUGGAGCAGUUGGGGCGCUAUAUGGUCCUCUUCAUGGUGGAGCAAAUGAGGCUGUGCUUAAGAUGUUGAGUGAGAUUGGAAGCGUUGACAAGAUACCAGAGUUCAUUGAAGGUGUAAAGAACAGGAAGCGUAAGAUGUCUGGUUUUGGGCACCGUGUAUAUAAAAAUUAUGAUCCGCGAGCAAAAGUCAUCAAGAAUCUUGCAGAGGAAGUAUUUUCCAUUGUUGGCCGGGAUCCUCUUAUAGAGGUGGCCAUAGCUUUGGAGAAAGCUGCUUUAUCAGAUGAGUAUUUUGUGAAGAGGAAGUUGUAUCCGAAUGUUGAUUUCUAUUCUGGUUUAAUCUAUAGGGCAAUGGGUUUUCCCCCAGAAUUCUUCACUAUUCUAUUUGCAAUUCCUCGAAUGGCUGGAUAUUUAUCUCACUGGCGCGAAUCUUUAGAUGAUCCUGAUACAAAGAUAAUGAGACCGGCGCAGGUGUAUACUGGCGUUUGGCUACGGCAUUAUAUGCCACUACAAGAACGAAUGCGCUCGGCAGAAACAGAUAAACUCAGUCAAGUGUCGGUCUCCAAUGCUACUAAGAGGCGGCUGGCGGGAUCUGGGAUCUAGACUCUGUUAUGAUCGAUACAUACAUCAGAAUGCCUAGGUAAAUUCAUAAAUUUCUGAAAAUAAGUAAUAAUCAUUCCAGACUCUGGACAUUCUUGCCAUCUUAAACUGAUUAAUGUAACUAUGUAAGACUGCAUAGAGCACAUAGUAUGUAACAAUAAUCAGUGUGUCGAUGAUCCCUUAUUUUACAGUAAUAAACAAUCCUUUGGAAUUUCUUGUUUCUUGACAUUGAAAAGAUGAACACUGUUUAUUUUCUAGA